AUGUCGAGUGCCUCAAGCCCGCCGGACGAUCCCAACUGGGCUUUCCUUUUCAGAGGUCCACGAACUAUCGACCUCAUCGGAGAUUAUGCCGGGGACGAACUGUUCAUCCUGGAGGGGGACUCGCUCCUACGCCACUGCUUUUCCGACGAUCUGCUAGACUUUGACCUCGGAUUUCAGCUCCUCCAUGCCACCUACAUCGUCGAGAGAUUUCUCGCACAACUCCACCAGAGGAAAUGUCACUUUCACAUCGUCUUCUUCUCAUCCCAUUCAGAGGCAUGCAUCCCACAGCACAGCAGCGCGGAUAACCGGUCGAAGUACUGCCUAGCUCGUGAAGUCAUCCUGCAACAUCUGAGUCGCCACUUACCAGAGACUAUCCCGUCCAUGCACAUCCGCUGUUUCGAGACGUACGACUGCAAGGAUUUCAACGACUACCUUGUGGCAACCCGUGCGUACUUCAUCAUGUGUCAUGAUGGGGAAGAUCUAGCGAUCCACCACCAGCCUUGCGCCGAGAAAGCAGAAAAUUCUGAUGCCCUCUACAUGUAUGAUGAGGAAAAGCACACCACCUCGGGACCAGACGGUGAGAAUUCCUCUGGGAAAGUACGACCUAAAACCGAUGCGAAGCCUAAUGAAGCCGCCUUGAGCAACUCCGCUACGUUCCGAAGUUUUAUCUCUUGGUCCCUGUCUCGCGGCUAUACAGUCUCGCUCAUCAAUAGUCUCGAGUUUCGGGAUACUAAGGUCAUUUCUACGAUCCUCGAGGGAUCGGGUUUGUCUAGACAGCAGUCGUUCGAAGAUCAGGAUGUUGACUCGAAGUCUGUGCACGGUAUGAUCUCUCAAGCGAGCUCAAAUGGCGAGACGUAUGCGGCUAACAUGUGUCCUCCUGCCACAGUGUCCGACCCUGCGGUCGGUUCCCCUGCAGGUCAGCCAAGUGAACGAAUCAAGACAAAUUUCAGGAGAAUUUACGAGACUGUCCCACGUCCGAGCCUAUCCCAGCGCGAAUGGGCUGUAAUAUUCACUCUUAGUGCUUUGGGAGAAACUGGCACACAAUGUAAGACGGCUGACAAAUGCAUGGACGCUAUGUUGCUACACACGGCAAUUCUGUCCGAGUGUCGACUGUGUGACCGCCCAUGUCAACUCGAUGCCUCUUGGCCUGGGGCGGACUUUCUGAGACGGUACAACGAUAUGGCGCUUGCCGUCUUGCAGUCUCCCUUCUGGCAAGAAGUCACUGCGGAGAAGCAUAUUCCCCGCGACUUAAUCGAUGUGAUUGACGGAAGGAUCUUUCUCGGAACUCUGAACAGAAAUCAGAACUCGAGUUCAUCAAUGCUUGUCAGCCCUACGGUAGUGGCGAGAUACAAUCUCCUCGUAUCAACACUCAACAAGAUCUGCGCACAAGAGAUUGCCAGAACCAUCAUGACAGGAGACGGUGUCAUUAACCCCAUUUUGGACAAGCACCUGGGACCCAUUUCAUUGGACAUUGUACCUUCCGCUGUGGGAAUUUCGAGUUCUGCACGUUCGAAACCGUUCACGGAGCGAACCCAUUGGCAUAAUGCCCGCCGUCCCUUGGACGUGAAGCAGCCUGCCGCACCACCCGAGAAGAUUCAACGUCGUCAUCAGCGCUUGAUGAGAGAUAUCAGGCAGUAUGCUCUUAGUCUCACAAAUGCGACCGGAGGCAUCUUGCAGCCCGAAAAAGUGUUUCGAGAUUCGAAGGGAAGUGCGGAUCGCAGACCUACAAGAAACCAGGAGAAUACCCGUCGUCCCACAGGACCCAAUCCAUCAUCCGAGAUUCAGGACAGGCAGAUGAUGUUUAUCAAGAAGCAAAUGGAAGUGUGGCAGGACCAGCGCCGCUGCUUCGAUAAAGAACCAAGUCUUGCCCAGCGAUACGUGAACGCAAAGUCCUACCUUGAGGGCUUGUCAGAAGAGAAGCGAUGUCAUUUAGAAGCUGAGAUUUUAACAUACUUGAUAAGCACCCUGGCUGGUCUUUGGCGCAAGCGAUGCGUUGCCGCCAAGAAAAGCCAGUCAAUGCCGAUAGUGGCGCUCAUUUGGCAUACAAUUCUUCAGAUCACCAAGGUGCAAGUGGGAGUCACUAAAGACAUCGUCCGGUGCAUCUCGAAAAUUUCGAUAGCACUAGGCCUUCCGGAUGUCAACCUAGUCCCUCAUGGGAAUCAAUCCCUGACAUUCGAGUUCGCGUUCCCGGGAGCCGAUUCUGAGGGCUUACACAUAGGAUUGUCAUUUCGUGAGUUUCAGCUUCUCCAUGCAGGCCCUUUUCUCGAUCGCAACAUGGAGUCAGCGCUAGAUUCCCGGGUCAGGGGCUUUGCGCCUGACAGAUGGCAACGAGAGAUCCUGGAUCAGAUAGAUGCUAAGGCAAGUCUUUUUGUGGUGGCUCCUACCAGUGCUGGGAAAACAUUCAUAUCGUUCUAUGCGAUCAAACAAGUUCUCCAAGAUAGUGAUGACGGAGUCCUAGUGUAUGUCGCACCCACCAAAGCCCUUGUCAACCAAGUCGCCGCAGAGAUCGAGGCUCGAUUCACCAAAGCAUACAAGCACGCUGGAAAGUCUGUUUGGGCCAUCCACACCCGUGAUACUCGAGUCAACAAUCCGACCAAGUGCCAGGUACUCAUCACUGUGCCACACAUUCUUCAAAUCAUGCUUCUUGCGCCGGGUAACGCAAAGUCAUGGUCCUCUCGCAUAAGGCGAAUUAUCUUCGAUGAGGUGCAUUGCAUUGGUCAAGCCGAGGACGGCGUAGUCUGGGAACAGCUACUUCUUUUGGCACCAUGUCCUAUCGUCGCACUUUCUGCAACCGUCGGCAACCCCAAAGAGUUCAGCGACUGGCUGAGCCUGACACAACGGGCAAAUGGCUUUGAGCUGAAAACAGUGGAGCACAAAGUCCGCUGGUCGGAUCUCAGAAAGUACAUCUAUCGCCCACCAGUCAGGUUUAACUUUGAUGGCCUCCCGGGGGCCGCAGUGCUUCCAGUCCUCGGUCUAGAUGGAUGUGCUGACAUGGAGUUCAUACACCCCGUGACGAGUUUGAUCGACCGUUCAAGAGGCAUACCAGACGAUCUUUCACUUGAGCCCCGCGACUGCUUGAAGCUCUGGCAAGCAAUGGUCAAAAAUCAAACAAAGGAAUUUGCUCUUGAUGCCUCUCUAUCUCCUUCAGACAUGAUGCCGGAAAUCAUGACCAAAGCUGAUGUUUUCCCAUUCGAGGCUAGAUUGAAAGCAGUUCUUGCAUCAUGGAUGAGAGACGGCAAGUCGCCGUUUGACGCUGUGGUGCAGGAGCUAUCAGAGAACGCUCUCAGCAACAAGAAAGCUGAUAUUCAUCCUUCAUCGACUGCUAACAGUCACGCGAAACUGGUCGGCCUAGAAACCCUGCUUCAUACGACUCUACCGCUCAUCUGCGCCCUCUCCGAGCAAGGCGCCCUUCCGGCCCUAUUUUUCAACUAUGACCGGAGCUGGUGCGAGAAAAUCUGCCAUCACAUUUGUAGCGAGCUGCAGAAGGCUGAAAGAUCUUGGAAAGCGUCUGAUGCAGAAUGGAAAAGCAAACUGGCCCGUUUUCAGGCAUGGAAGAAAUCCAGCUCGACUCGUGCCAAAAAAACCACAAGCCACAAUGCCAACAAAAUGUCACGGGCAGACCGACUUCGAGAAGCUGCUUCAGAGGAACCCGACUGGUACGCGUCUUUCGACCCUGAAGAGCCGCUUGAUAGAUUCUCUCUCGCCAAUGGAAGGGCGCUAUCGAAAUCGGACUUCGAAACAUAUGCCGCGGAGCUAGAAUCCUUUGGUGUACCUGAAAGAUUCAUCGACGCGCUGAGACGUGGAGUAGGAGUUCACCAUGCAGGUAUGAAUCGCAAGUACCGCAGUGUGUGUGAGAUAUUGUUUCGGAAGGGGUUUCUGCGCGUCGUUAUCGCCACUGGCACGCUGGCGCUGGGUAUCAACAUGCCCUGCAAAACAGUCGUAUUUGCAGGCGAUACGGUGUUUCUGACAGCGCUCAACUUUCGACAAUCUGCGGGACGGGCAGGUCGCCGUAGCUUUGAUUACUUGGGUAAUGUCGUCUUUCAGGGCAUCUCUGAUCUGAAAGUCCGUCGCCUCAUGAGCUCCAAGCUGCCUGACCUCAACGGACACUUUCCUAUCACCACCAGUCUAGUUCUUCGUCUUUGUAUCUUACUUCAUGAUUCGGACCAGGCUAUCCUCGCAAAGAAAGUUGUUGACUCGAUCCUGUCAAGUCCGCGCAUUUACCUUGGCGGGCCAGAGUCCAGACAGACGGUACUUCACCAUCUACGCUUCUCGAUCGAUUACCUCCGGCGCAACCAACUCCUCAAUGAGACUGGAGUGCCACUCAACUUCGCCGGCGCGAUUUCCCAUCUUUACUACACCGAAAACUCCAGUUUUGCUCUUCACUCUCUCCUCAAAGCGGGAUAUUUCCACCGCUUGAGCAAGCAUCUCUAUGAGAAUCCUGAACGAACCCUCCGCACCUUGAUGGUAGUCAUGUCGCACCUAUUUGGCCGCCAACCCCUUCAUCCCUCCGUCAUCAAGCGCCACCAUAAACGCCAGAAACAGUCAACCUCGGUGGUGGUCCUUCCACCCCUUCCCCGUCCAGCUGAGCGAAUCCUGCGGUACCACAAUCGCGAGACCCUGGACAUCUACUCCACUUACGUCGCUACCUUCGUUGACCAGCACCUCCACGACCCAGAUGAUGUGCUUCCAUUGACCAAGCUGAAACAAGGCGGCAUGACUUCGAUUCCUCAAUUCACCGCCCGUGACAAUCGCACAAGACCAGCAGUCAUGUGCCCAACCCAGGCGGCGAUCACAUCAGCCUUCGUCGCCCUCUCCUGUCCUAACCCCCCCAAGACCAUCGCACACCUCUGUAAAUCAGUGCGUCAGGGUGUGUGGCUCGAACAGUCCGUUAUCCCGCAUGUGCCAGUUGAGUCGGACGGAGAGGCAGGCCCUCUGAAUGCGUAUCUGUAUGACUUCUUCAAGCAUGGCAACAAGUCGGCGCUGGAUAAAGAAAACAUGAUUCGGCGAGGUGAUCUGUGGUUUAUGUUGAAUGACUUCUCUCUGAUACUAGCGACAAUUGUCGCGAGUCUCGAGAAUUUUCUGAAGUCGGAUGCGAAGGCAUCAGUGGGGGAGCCAGAUGAUUUGGGAGUUAUGGGGUGCGGGGAUGCGCAGGAGGAGGUGGAUGAGGUUGACAGUAUGGCCCAAACUGUGCUGCCCGGGAGGGAGAAGAACUCGAUGGUGAAGCAAAAGGCGAAUGAGAAAGGAGGCAAGACUGUUUUCGCCGCUGACUCAGAGGAAGAAAUACCGAACAGUUGGGAGGAUAUGAUGGACGAUGAAACCAAGAGCAAUGCGGAUACUGUUCCAGCUGGUAUCGACGAGACAUUGCACACCGACCACGACGAGCAGGGCCAAGUGGAAGUAUGCCAGCAAAUGGACGCCGUGUUCGACCAAGAUGGAUUGCAACGAGUUCUCAAAAUGUUUCAGCUGUUGCGGACGGAGUUCGAUGCUAAGUUUAAGAAGAUGUGGGCUUAGGGAUCUGUGUUUCAUUUGUAGUUUGAUUUGUGUAGUGUAAAGUGGAUGUAUAGGGACUCGGGUCAUUUUCAUCAACCUGAAGUGAACAUACACGAAGCAAGUACCGGUAUCUGGUGGGUGGGAGUCGUCAACGAUGAGGCGUAGCCGAGUGAUAUCUGCAGGUGGCGAUGGGUCCCGCAUGUCGGUCUGAGGCCACAGGUAUGAGCUAGGCAGCUCUGAACAAUAGAAGAGGCGACUAGCUCAGCUUUGAUACCCUUCCUUCUUGAAUUCAAGACAUCCCU